GCGACGUCACCAGCAGCAGCAGCUUCCUCUGAGCUGAGGAAUGAGGAAGAGGAGUCCAUCCACCGGCCGGAGAGGACGCAACUAAAGUCAUUACAUUUAAAAAACGAGCUUUCUGUCCGGUUGGAUGAACCAGCUGAGAGUUUGUUGACUUCAUCUACCUGUAACCUGUGUGAUGGUGCGCGGCUGCACAGGAGACGGCUGGUGCGCUCGCUUCGUGGAGAGCCACCGGCCGGGGCUGAACUUCGCCCUGCUGGUCGUCUGUUACAUCCUUUAUCUCAUCGUGGGUGCCGGAAUUUUCUCCGCCAUCGAGCUGCCCUACGAAGACGAGCUUCGGAAGGAGCUGCGAGAGGCCCGGCAGGACUUCCUGACCGAGAGCCCGUGCGUGUCCGACGCGCGCCUGGAGGAGCUGCUGGCCCGCGCCCUGGAGGCCAGUAACUAUGGAGUGUCCGUCCUGGGGAACGACAGCGGGCACAACUGGGACUUUGUGUCCUCGUUGUUCUUCACCAGCACCGUGCUGACCACAACAGGCUACGGCCACACCGUUCCCCUCUCAGAUGGAGGGAAGGCCUUCUGCAUCUUCUACACCCUCUUUGGCAUCCCCGUCACCCUCUUCUUCCUCUCUGCUGUGGUGCAGAGGCUCAUGGUGCUGGUGUCUCGCCGCCCCGUGUCCUAUUUCCACCGGCGAUGGGCUGUGGACAAGUCAAAGCUGGCCGCCAUCCACGCCACCUGCCUCGCCGUCCUCGUGGCCCUGCUGCUCCUCAUCGUCCCCGCGUGGAUCUUUGCCGACCUGGAGUCAGACUGGAACUUCCUGGAGUCUCUGUACUUCUGUUUCAUCUCUCUGACGACCAUUGGCCUCGGGGAUUACGUCCCUGGAGAAACUCAUAGUAAAGAGAGGAACCCACACCCACAGCUGUACAGGCUGGCCAUCACAGCCUACUUGCUGCUGGGUUUGAUCUGCAUCCUGGUGCUGAUGGAGACGUGCUGCGAGCUCCCCCAGAUGAGACGCUUCAGGCAGAGGUUCUACCAGGAAAGGGUUCGGGAGCUGGACUCUGAGACCACCAACAUCAUCGACCGGGAUCACCUGAGCGACCAGCUGAGCGACCCUGCAGACGACACGAUGGACCACCUGCCAACCAUCCCUUCUGUGUCUGAACAGGCCGCGUCCAUACGGCAGAACGGCAAGUCGCCGCCUUACACCCCAGCGUCUGUGGAAAAGCUGAGAUGACAGAUUGUUUGGGCUUCCAGGAGGAGUGUGGUUGUUUUAAGGGACCGGUCUAUGAACCUUUGCAGGAUGCAUGGCUGCUCAGGACAGCUUUGACCUUAAGGUGCCUAUAUGGGAGCAUAAACAGCCUGAGUGCUCCGGCGUGUAUCUGCAUCUCAGCUGAGAAAGCUGCGUAAAGAGUGAUCGCUCUCUACCGCUGCCAACACCAACAUUGCAUUUGUGAUUUUAAAGCAGGAACCACCCAGAGAUUAUCAGUGUGGCAUUGUUUUCUCCCCUGUUGCUCGGUUCCCUGCAGAUACAGAUCUGACACAGAGGAAGGGCUGGGUCCCCCCCAAACGGAGGGAAACCUCGCAAGUUUCCACUUCCUGCCAAAGUCUUAAUUCCUAAGCGGCACAGUUUGUUUCAGAGGAUUUCACACUCGCUCUUAGCACAUUAUAUAAUCUAUGGUGGUAUUUGCAUAGGAAAUUUGCCUCCUCGGGAAGCAGCAGAGCCGUACAGUAGCAGGAGAGCCAUCUGUUGGCCUACUGUACCUCAUUUGCAAGGAUUCCAAGAAGAUCCAUUGAAGGCAAAGAAUAAACACUUUUUUCUUCCUUGUUGCUUAUAGUUGGGGAUUAGUCUUCAGCUCCUGCUGGCAUGCGGAAAUAUUUUAUUGCUGCAACAAUACUGCAAUGUGCGCUUUGUGCCACUAGAUGGAAGCACUUUCACGUUACAGGUGGAUUUAAAUGAAGCUGUUACUGUGGGGUUUUAUCUCUGAGUGAUUCUGAAAAAUGUAAUCAAGCCACAAGAAUAUGUCAUCGUCACGACUGGGAGCGAGGACGCGUGCUGUAAAAAGAAGCUGAUUUGCAGUAAUUCUGUCAAAGAUGCCCCAAUUUACAGCGGCGCAGUUAAAGAUAACGGCUUUAUGUCCACGAGUGUUUUUCGUUUUAUACUUCAGCUUUAAAGUAGCUUCGAAUCACAAGAAUCAAAAAGGAUAUAACUUAUUUUCUUUUCCAAAGAUCAUUGUCGUUUUGAUGGUUUAUGGGUUUUAAUGAAAACUUUAAAAUGGUGGUUUUUAUGAGCUCCAGUUCUGGACAGAGUGUAAAUAAAUCAUGCAACAUUAAACAUUAAAUAUAUA